UCUUCUCUCUCCUUAACGGCUAGCUCAUAUUUCUUACUCAAUUCCUACAUUUAAACCUGAUCCUUAGCCUUCUUCCUCAUUAGCCACUCAUGAAGAAGACAUAAACAGUCAUCUCCAAGCUACAUCAUGGGGUUAGCAUCCAGAAUGUCAGUACGAGUAAGAGCAUGAUUGAUUUACUAAUCGUCCUUGGUUUUAUAGUACCUUCCAUUUACCCCACUGGCCACUCUUCUCUAUACCCAAAUCCUUGUUGCUAGACUCAUCUUCCCCUUACAGUUUGGCCGACUUCACUAAUUAUUUUUUGCUUUUCUUGUGGCUUGUUCUUGCUAGUACUUUCUAUUAAGCUGAAUCCAACUUCUUGCUCUCAGAUGCCUUAUAGAUACUGAUAACUAGACUAGAGACUGGCUACUUUCUGAACGGACUCGUAGUAUAUUUUAAGGAGGAUCAACAGCAGGGUUCAGCCUGGCUGAGCCGAGGAGAGAAAAGCCGAAGGCAAUAUAUUUUCUUCAUCUUGUUAUCCUUUCCUUUUUCUUGGUUGCUUGUUCACCUUCGUAUUUCUUGUGAGGCUCGCUCUAAAUCAAAUUUGACUGCAAGCUCCUUUGAGCUUCACAAAUCCUGUUUCAAGUUUUCCCAUCAAAAUCUUUCGUAAAUCUAAAAGAGCACCUCUUUGGUUAGCUUAGUUUCAUGAAUCUUAGUUUUUAGUAGUUUUUUUUGGCUUCUCUCCACUUCUUUGCUGUCAGCUAUGUCUAUUAGUUUGUCUUUACAGAGGAAGACAGCUAGAGCAGUGGUGACUCUAAUGGGGAGUUCCAGGAAUAGAAGGAAGGCCCAUCAGAAGAACCCUUUGCAUCCAUUGUCCUUAGAUUUAGGGGGGUUCUACCUCCUCUACAGGUUACUUUUGAGAGAAAAGUGUAGGAGUAACUGGUAGUUGAGUUGGUCUGAUUAGCCUUGGUUUUGCAUGAUUCUUCAAAGUCUCCUGUUGCUAAAUAGCAGAGGCCUUCUAGGAGCAGUCAUCAUUUUGGAAUCUAUUGCACAUUUAUCUUUCUUUACUUGACCAGAAAGGAGAUGUCUGAUCAUUGGUACAUUAAUCCAUAUCCAGGAACGAUGUAAACCUAUUAGAGGGUGCAUUGUUCACAUGGUACAUUGGCUGGGAACAAAACUGUUUUUAUCUUAGGAGCUCUUUUUCGGAUCUUCACAAUUGUAAACACCUGUGCAAGAGUUGAAGCCAUUUUCUUUAACCUUCAAGAACUUAUAAAAUGACUUAUCAUCUGGAUGUUCGUUUGAAAGUCUUAUUUCUCAAUGUUCUCAAGGAAUAAGAUCUUAGAUGAUCUAUUACACAUGAGCUUUAGAACCAGUCCGAGAAAUUUACUUAAUUUUGCCUUGAAAGUCUCCUUUACAUGGAAGAAUAUCAACACAAGAUUUAACUGCAUCUCUUCUAGCGUAGGACUCGACAAAGUAUGCUUUCAGAGUAGCAUCAUUUACCUCUUCCUAUAUUUAAUAAUUCUUGA